UCCAGACUUGCAAACUCGGGGACAGAGCCAGGCCCUGGUCCCCAGGCAGGGUGACCCUGGAGGAGGAGGGGGUGUGCCGCAUUUUCGUAGAGAUUGACUGUAUGUUUAACUGCAGCUUGUUUGUUAUGUCUUUUCAGCUAACUGUUCACACACUUCUGCAUCAGUCCAAGUAUCUGUGAGUUUGUCUGUGUUUUUCUCGGUUUCUGAAUGUUUAUGCUGGUGUCCUUCCGGGGGUCUGCAAGUUAGUGUUUACUUAAGGGGCUCAGUGUGUGCAUGACUGACAGUAAGUUUGUGUGUCCCUGUAUCUGUAUUUUCAAAAGAUAUCAAAAUAUAUGAGUUUGUGUCCAAAAGUUUGUUUGCCUGUGUGUGUGUGUGUGUGUGUGUGUGUGUGUAUUUACACUCGUGAGGUAUUCGUGUGUGUUUAUAAGUUAGUAUUUGUGUGUUCUUUUGAGUACCAAAACGUGUGUCUACUGAGCGUUAUUUAUGUAACUGGGAAAUAUCUGAGUGUACAUCCACUAUUUUAAGGCCUGUGUUCAUCUGUUAUAUCCCAAGUGAGUUUGGAAGUGAGAAAGAGGUGGCUACACUGACCUUUCCAUUUUUCUAUGUCAACAGCUGUCCAAUGUGUACAUGCCAAUUUUCACAUUGUGUCUCUAGGCAUAGAUGUGGGUCUGGGGCCUGUGGAGAUCCGUGGUGCUUAGCAUGUGCAUAGUAAGGUACAGUUUCCAUUCUAUUGGGAGAUGGAACCAGGAGUGAAGGUGUGAAUUCAGGGCAUGUAGCCUCUUGGUGUGCAGUGGACACUGUUGAGGCUACCGUUUGUACAGAAAGGUCUCCUGUGGCAGGCACAACCUUGCAGAUGAGAGUGGACACCUAUGGGGUUAGUUGUGACAUUUCUAGAGACCCCCAACCUACUUUCACUUUCACCUAGACAAGCCUCUGACACUGGCGUGUAUAUUUGUACACACACACACAGUGUCCUCAGGUUUUAUCCUCUGGGUACCGCUCCAGUGUAGGACAGCACAGUGGGUGGAUGCAUGUGCGUAGUCUGGGCAUUCAGCUCAUUCAGCUCUGGUGCCUAUAUGCACACAGGCCUCCCUGGCAUAAGUCCCCGUGUGCCUCCCACAGGCCUGAGAAGUAGGUAGCAGGAUGUGUUUAUGUCUGAGAGGAGAUAGUAGAGGCAGUAGGCCUCCAUCUGCCCUGAGGCAUGCAUCAGGUAUGGGGGGGCCUCUUUCAAUCAUUAGGCCACUGUGUAACUCCCACACAAACACAUUCCUGGGCCUGGCAAGAAGCACCCUUCACCCACCCCUGUGCUCUCUGAGAGCCCCCACCUCUAAUCCAGCCUCAAAUACAAGCCUAAGAGCCAAGAGGAUAAACUUAGACCCGAAGCCCUGGACAACUCCUGGGGUACAACUAUGUUUCCAAAAUUGCAGCUGAAGAGAAAUGAGGGCAGAGAUCUGAGGCAGUACUGUAGAGAGUUCCCAGGAUGAGGGCUCAGGAAGAGGAAACUGGAAACCCCAACUCUCCAUCCUCAAUUCCCAGAAGGCUCUUCUCCUUGGCAGUGGGCUUCUCAGCAGACGGACUUUCAGAGAGACAUGAGCUUGGAAGUGGUGGUUGUGUACGUGUUGGGAAUAAGCUGGGGAUGGGUGAAUGUCGUGGAGAGGGUCUGUGCAGUCCUGAGGGCUGGCUCUCUCAACAAGCUGUCUAGAAGAAUGUAAUUCAUGGCGGUCGAUGGGCUCUUUGAUUAGUUCAAUUGCCUGAAUAAUCGUUUAAUCAAUAAAGCAUUUCAUUCCUCCGCACAGCUGGACUGGGUGGGGCUUGGUGUGGAGUGGGGUGAGGUGUGAUAGGGGAGCCCUAGGCUGGCCAGGGCUUAGUAUAGAGGGCCACGCCCCCUCUUCGCUGCUGGUAGGGGAAGAGCUGCCUGCCUGGAAAAGGGCAACAGUUCAAGUCAGACUGUUCUUCCACCUGUCCACUCCAGCCUGGGUCAGGGCUGGAGAAGAGAGAGAAGCUGAGAAGCUGUCCAGGCUGGUGCUCAAAGGCAUGUCCAGGUCCGGUUCUUGUGAGAGCUUCUUUCUUCUCCCAACUUCUAGGUAUUUUAUGGGCUGACAAACUUCUCUUUUCUUCCUUCAGAACCAUAUUCCAUUUCUUACCUCAACCUCAGUCUCCCUAUCUGCCCAGUGAGGAGGGAGUAUGUCCUUCUGACUCUAAGCCUGAGAUAAGGCCAGGACAGCACUAAGCAAGGACCCACUUAAAUACCUUCUACUCUAAUAUCUUCCUUGCUGUAGAGAAAGGAAACACAUAGGUUCAGAGAGAGGCAGGGACUUGUAGGAGAUCAUAAAACAUGAGUAAUGGAGGGAAUAGGAAUGGAAGGUGACCUCUCUGCCCUUAGACCUCUUGUUCCUGCUAGGAGAAGAGACAGAUUCCCUCCUCUCUCCAUGGACCUCUUGGAGAAAAACUACUAUUGGGAAAGUAGUAAUAUCUCCUUGCCAUGGGAGCCCUUGAGUCCUUAGGCCCAGGCCGACCUGGGUAGGUUAAAUACUUUCCCACUGGGCAUUGGCAUCCAAUCUCACAGCUCUGGAAUGAGCCUGGGAUGGAGUGACGGAUAGUAAUAACCCCUAUCCAUGAAACUUCAUCUCACAGAGCCUUAGGAAGUCACAUUCAGGGUUUAUUCCCUGUAUUAAAUAAACGAGGAAAGAGAGGCUUUAGAAGGGGCUGCCUGUCUCAGGUCUUUGGGAGAGAGAGUUAAUCUCAGUGAUCCCAGCCUGCAGGGCACGCUGGUAAUGAUAACAUACCCCGACUGAGGCAGUGUUACAUGAUUCUUGAAAAACCUGGUGAAAUUCUCAUGUUUUUCUCCACCCUCUUCAAGAACUCCUGCAAACAGAGCCGCGUCAGGUAGAGCAGACUCCUGAACCAGGAGCAGGAAUCAUGCAGGAGUCUGCUGUGCCUGGACUUGCUGUGUAAUUUCAGGUCAAUUUCUUUCCCCCUGAUACUUUAUUUUUUUUUAUUUUCAUUUUUUAAAAUUAAGUUUAGAGGGCACUCAAUGGGUUGGGACAGCCAUGCCGGCAGCAUUCCUGAUCUUUCCAGAACUGAACAACCAGUCUGAGCCCUAUUGGGCCUCACUUUGCCAGAGGCAAGGACAGUGAAAUGGGCUAGACUUGGGUUGAGGGAGUCAAUGUCAGGCUAAUAGAGCUCUGUAGCAGCCCUGACAUCCUGAAGCUGCGAUAAUGCAUGGCUCUGGGAGCCGUGGAAGGGGACGCCGGGAGGGGGUGUGUCCCCAGUGAAGCAAGGUCUCUGGCUUCUGGCUUCUCAAACAUUAUUCUCAAUGGGCUGUUUUUCAGUUUUAAAACUUUCAAAGGCAAUUCGGUUUACAUAAAUUGAGUUUCUUCCUGGAUAGUUUCCUUUAUCGGUCUUCUGCCCCCAGCGCCUAGCACGGGACCCGGCCCAAAGCUCUGCUACUGGGAGAAAGAAAGCGCAUCGUUGUAGAUCACAGCGAGGCCCGACAGCGUUGAGAGUCGAGGCGAGACCAGCCCCGGCUAGUCUCGCUCUCCUAGACCCAAGCUGCAGCUCGUGGGCAUUCAGAGACAGGACUGAGGCGCAGUAGCCCGGCUCCGCCAAGGACUUGCUGUGCAGCCUUCAGCUAGUCACGUAACCUCACUGGGCUGCCGUUUGGUGACCUGCAAGGCUGGUCUUGGUAUCAGGUCUGAUCGCGCCUUUUGGGGUUGGAACUUUCCAGGGGCCACCGGCUCUGGCGGUGAUGAAUCACCCCACCCAGGGGGAAACUCCUUCCGCCCAGAACGCCGCGAAGUGCGGGAGGGGGCUGUUCUGGGUGCACAGGUAAGGCUGGUCCCGUGUGUGCCUCGCAGCAGAACACUGUCCCGAAGCUGAACACCUACUGUGUGAAAUGGGGAAUCGGAGCUACUCCUGUUCGGGCUGUGCCCCGGGGAGUCUAUCCAAGCCUCACGGGUAUCCGAAGAAAGACGUACGUGUGCGGGCAUAUUCCAGCCGAGUUCUUUGAUUUGGCAUCAACCGCCCCUCCCCCACCAUCCCGAGCGCGGCUCUGGAGAGGCGCUUUUGAGAAAGGUUUCCAGCCCUGUCUUUCUUCUACCCUAGACUUGCUGUGGGACUUUGGACAAGUCGCAUUCUGCCUCUGGGCCUCGGGUUCUGCACCUGUGAAAUGGAGAAAGCAUAGCUUCGGGUCCCCUUUAGCUCUGGAGACUCUAGAGAACCUGGGUUUGUAGGCCUGAGCUCAACGAGAGAGGCUGGGGGUGAGGGUGUCACUGGCUGCAAACCUCAGGCGUCCCGCACUCGCGCCUCCCCAGUAGGUGUGCAAGUCGCCAUGUUGAGUCUGGGCCAAGGCUCUGGAUUCUGGUCGUUUCCGACCCAUUGGGGGCCAUCGGGUGAAGCCAGUGCGGGAACUCUAAUCCUUCCCGGUCCCUCUCUGCUGUUGCGAUCUUCCUGCUCCAAGGCCAGGGUGGAAGGGGAAGAUCCGGACAGGCGGGGUUCCAGACAAAGAAGAGAUAGCCGCCACUCCACCCCCGCGCGCACUGCAGUUUCCUGGGUCCCCAGAGGCCCGCCUGGGGCCGUUUUCCGCAGCUGUGCCCUGCUUGGGGGUGGGGACGGGUGUCAGCGCCGGAAACUUGUCUACUGGUCAGGGACAGCUGGGUGUAGAACAGGGACAGAAGGUGGGCCCAAGGCCCGACCCAGUGUAGGAGUUUGAGAAGUGGAACAUGAGUAGAGAGAAAGAAGAGGAGGGGAAACCGAGGCAGAGAAUAAAGCAAAAGGAUAACCCAGGAAUCCUCCCAUGAUCAGCCUGUGCCCUGUCUUCCUUACAAGUCCAUCCUGGAGCAGACAUCUCAAAGCCCUUGUUUUGGUGGAUUUAUGUUUAAUACUAGCGGAUCAUCACUCAUGAAAUAGAAAGUGACUGAGAGGUCUUCCGACCUCUCUCAUGAGCUGCUGGGGCAAGGGAAUCCUCAGCGUCUUUCUUGUGCCAGAACCCAGAAGGCACACAGAACUAUAGCUUCCUGGGUGAAGAAUGACUGUCCCAUGCUUCCUUUUUAAGGUCCAGUUUCUUUGAUUGUUGUCUCAGAGCCUUAAACUCCACCAAGAAACGGACUCGCUAGUCAAAGACCUCUUUUGUAGCAGGAGAGUUCUGUUACAAAUCCAUCCAUUUUGUCUACAUAAGGACGGGAACUUCCCCAGUAGAGGGAAGGUCGGGUUUUUCGCAUUGCAGCGGCCUGGCCGCUUUGCUUGCCCCUUGGAGAUAGAAUGCCUCUGCCCACCUGCCCGCUUCAGGGACCCUUUUUAGCACUGGACGCGACUUGGCUCAUUCGGUUCUCAAGAAGCCUUGAGUCAGGUGCAGAAUUGCUCUGGUGGAUAGAAGCGCCAACACCAUUUCCCAAAGCGUCUAGCAGUUGCCGAUCUGAGGCAAGAAAGAGGGCCAGCCACUCUGCUUGAGGAACCUGGCCCAAAGCCUUAGCCCUUCCACCCAGGUGCGCCCUGGUGAGCCCCAGUUACUAACUUUAAACGAGUGUGAGAUAUUCUCGCCCUUCCCCCAACUUCUCUGCCUUCGGUUAAUGGAGCAUUGAGGGCCCUGCAGGUGGAAGUGAGGGAGGAGGGUGGACGAGAAUGAGCCAGUGGUGGUUUUGUAGGUCCUUGAUAAAAUUAGGAAAUAAAAUUAGGAAAGAUUUCCGUGGAAAGAGGCUUCAUUAAAAUCUAGUUAACCCCACUCUGCCCAUUUUACAGAUUAGGAAAGUGAGGUCAGAACUGGCAGAUAGGCACACACUCCGAGUCCAUCACGAGCCUGAUGGUGCGGGAUCUCUACUGCGCUCCUUGUCUUCCUCCAACAUACAAUUUUUGUUUUUUCUGGAGACUAUUCCCCCAUUAUCAUCCUUCAUUCGGCUGCUCCCAAGCCCUGAGAGGGUCCCAGGUUCCCAACGUCGCGGUGGGGAGGUCGAGCCCGCGUGGGGCCCGCAACAGGACUCUCCAGGCACUGCGUGGGCCCCCUUCCCCCUCCCCACAUCCGCGAUCCACUAGGCCUUAGUCCAGCGCGUUUGUCAAUGAACGUGGCGCCGCCGCCUGGGCCCCGCCCCCCAUUCUCUCCCAUUGCCCAGGUGUCGGCUAAUCAGGCGGAGCCCGUGGACUGCUUAGCCAAUGGGGCGGUGUUUCGGGCCGGGGCCGGCUGCCGCCACUCUGAUUGGUGUGGUGGAGCGUGAUUGGCAGGUUAGCCCCCGCCCCGCCCCCGCCCGGAGGGAGCUGAGCCCCGGGCGGCGCUGUCCACACGCAGCGGGUCCUGAAAGCGGCUCCUGGGCGGCGCGGUGGCGCACUGUGCGCGCCGAGCAGGCGGAGGGCUAGCGCCGGCGGCGGCAGCAACGCAGGCAUUCAGAGCUGGCGGCUCCAUCUCAGCCCCGGCAGCCCCGGCGGCCUUGGUGACGGGGACUCUUCGCUCUCUCUUCUGUUCCUCUCUCCACCCCUGGGGCAGGCGCGGCCACCGUCCCGGAAGAGGCAGCGGAAAGACAGUGGAACCAGACCCACGAGGGAGGGCGGCGGGGCUUGAAGAGUUGAUAGGCACGAGGUAGACACCCUGGCGAGGAAGAGUCCGUCGCUGGUGUCCCCGGUCCUGGUCCCAGCGAUGGGCGAGCAACGGGGGCCGCGGGAACUUUGAAGGCAGCGGGUUUCGGGGUUGGAGGGCUGCACCCUCCCGGGGACUCCGGAGUCGCGGCCCCAACGUCAGUGGCUGAAGCAUUUCCAAACCCGCCAGGACCCCGUGCUGCCGGAGAGGAAGUUCUUUGCAACUUCGUCCGAGACGUCGGAGAGACAGCCGGAGAGAGGCUGAGGGGGUCAGUCUGAGCCCCAGAGACUCGGAGAAGCAGAGAAAGAAAGGAUCUGGUGGAGACCGAGGGGUCGAGGAGGGACCCCAGAGGCAUCGAGGCCGCGGAACCAGCCUGGUAGCCACCAGGUCUCGCUGCCCCCUGGGUGAAGCCAAGGGCCGAGCGUUCCGGCGGCCUCCUCAGAGCCGCCCCUACCUCCGGCCGGGGCUGCUGGAGGUCCCGGAGGCGGGCCCCUACGCUAUGCCCCCGAAGCCGCGGGCGCCUUGGCCGCAGCUACCCCGGGCUGGGCCUGGAACCGCCGCUUGAGCCAGCCAGGGAAAGAAGCCAGCAGGAGUUGGGCACCAGAUCCUAGCCAGGCUGCGCUAGCACUGUUUCCCGCCUCUUCGCGCAGCUCCCGGUGGUCUCCAGCAGGGAGGCUCUGAGAGAGACCCCGAAGCUCCAGCAGUGUUUUCUGAGCCCAGGUCGCACAGUGCCUGGCCUCGUGGCGCAGCUCCCUGUCGGCCCUGGGCAGCCCCUUGGCGCCGGGAGGCGGCGGCGUGGGCCGGCCUGCAGUCUGGAGCGCCCCGAUGGAAAUACACUGUAAGCACGACCCGUUUGCAUCCAUGCAUAGACAUGGAGGAGUGAAUCAGCUUGGGGGGGUUUUUGUGAAUGGACGGCCACUCCCGGAUGUAGUCCGCCAGAGGAUAGUGGAACUUGCUCAUCAAGGUGUCAGGCCCUGCGACAUCUCCAGGCAGCUUCGGGUCAGCCAUGGUUGUGUCAGCAAAAUUCUUGGCAGGUAUUAUGAGACGGGAAGCAUCAAGCCUGGCGUAAUUGGAGGAUCCAAACCAAAGGUCGCCACACCCAAGGUGGUGGAAAAAAUUGCUGAGUAUAAACGCCAAAAUCCCACAAUGUUUGCCUGGGAGAUCAGGGACCGGCUGCUGGCAGAGCGUGUGUGUGACAAUGACACCGUGCCUAGUGUCAGUUCCAUCAACAGGAUCAUCCGGACAAAAGUACAGCAGCCACCCAACCAACCAGUCCCAGCUUCCAGUCACAGCAUAGUGUCCACGGGCUCCGUGACGCAGGUGUCCUCGGUGAGCACCGACUCGGCCGGCUCGUCGUACUCCAUCAGCGGCAUCCUGGGCAUCACGUCCCCCAGCGCCGACACCAACAAGCGCAAGAGAGACGAAGGUAUUCAGGAGUCUCCGGUGCCAAAUGGCCACUCACUUCCAGGCAGAGAUUUCCUACGGAAGCAGAUGCGGGGAGACUUGUUCACACAGCAGCAGCUAGAGGUGCUGGACCGCGUGUUUGAGAGGCAGCACUACUCGGACAUCUUCACCACCACGGAGCCCAUCAAGCCCGAGCAGACCACAGAGUAUUCAGCCAUGGCCUCGCUGGCUGGUGGGCUGGAUGACAUGAAGGCCAACCUGGCCAGCCCCACCCCUGCUGACAUCGGGAGCAGCGUGCCAGGCCCGCAGUCCUACCCCAUUGUGACAGGCCGUGACUUGGCGAGCACGACCCUCCCCGGGUACCCUCCACAUGUUCCCCCCGCUGGACAGGGCAGCUACUCAGCACCGACGCUGACAGGGAUGGUGCCUGGGAGUGAGUUUUCCGGGAGUCCCUACAGCCACCCUCAGUAUUCCUCGUACAACGAUUCCUGGAGGUUCCCCAACCCGGGGCUGCUUGGCUCCCCCUACUAUUACAGUGCUGCCGCCCGAGGAGCUGCCCCACCUGCAGCCGCCACUGCCUAUGACCGUCACUGACCCUUGGAGCCAGGCGGGCACCAAAUACUGAUGGCACAUAUCAUUGAGGGUGACAGCUGCCCGGCCCUCCUGAAGCUAGCCAGAGGAACGCAUGAGACUGUCCCUCAGCACCCCCACUUGCCUGAAGCUCCCCACUUCCCCUCUUCCUCCAGGGACUCUGGGGCUCUAUGGUGGGGCCGUUGGAAUUCUGGAUGCUUGUCCAUUUCUAAAAGCCAGUCUAUGAGAUUCUCCCAGUGGCCAUUGGGUCUCUGCAAACCAACAGACUGUUCUGCAAAUGACCGCAGCCCCAGCCCAGCCUGCCAGUGCCCCAGCUGUCUGACUAUCCAUCCAUCAUAACCACCCCAGGCCUGGGAAGGAGAGCUUGCUUUUGUUGCUUCCGCAGCACCCAUGUAAAUACCUUCUUGCUUUUCUGUGGGCCUGAAGGUCCAACUGAGAAGACCACUCCACCCAUGAUGCAUCUUGCACUCUUGGUGUGUCACCAGACAGCUUAGACCUGUGGCAGAGCAUCCUCUCUGCCCUGGGCGACCCUGGCAGGUGAGCUCGUAGCUGUCCUUGAGACGGAGGAUGCCCCCCUUGGGCCCCAGCUUCCUGCUCAUCCCUCCUUCUUUAAUAUAGUCAUGAGGAGUCUCACUGGCUGGUUGUGCUGCAGGCUCCUUCGGAGGCCCCUCUCCAAGAGAAGCACACUUUGGGGAGAUGUCCUGGCUUCCUGCCUCCAUUUCUCUGGGACCAAUGCAGUACAAGCAGCUCUUUUCCAGAUCAAAGAACUCAAAGAAAACUGUCUGGGAGAUUCCUCAGCUACUGUUCUGAAGCAGAAUGUCAUCUGAGGUAUUGAUUCCAUUGUGGACUUCGAAUGUGAGGGCUGGAUGGGAUGUGGGAGACCAUCUGAUCCCAGCCAAGGAGGGGCCUGAGGCUCUCCCCACUCCCUCAGCCCCGGAACUAUGCUUUCUGAGGCAAGCCCAGGUUCAGGUCACUUUGGACACCUGCCAUGGACACUUCACGCACCCUCCAGGACCCCAGCAAGUGGAUUCUGGGCAAGUCUAUUCCAGUGAUAUAGACAACGAUUAACACAGAGGACUUUCCCCUGCACCCAGAUCACAAACAGCCUACAUCCAGGACUUCUGAAUGUGCUUUCGGAGCAGACCCUUCCGUCUUCGCAGAGUUUAGCAGGCAGCUGGGCAUGGAGGCUGAGGCAGAUGCCUAAUUUCGCACAAUGCAUGCCCACCUGUUGAUCUAAGGGGCUGCAAGGGUCAGGGCUAUGGCCAAGGGCCACAGGAACUCAGAGAGGAGGCUUGGAGAACUCAAGGUGGGCUAGGGUGGUCAGAGGAAGCCAGCUAGGAAGAUGUAGGGGACAGAGGAAGGCCUCCUGGAGGAGGGGCAGGAGAGCAGUGAGGACUUGCUGUGUGUCCUGGGAGUGAUUUUGAAAUGGAGGUGCCAGGUGCCACCAUCUCUUUACCUGGGGUCUCAGUUCCUUGCAUAGUCUCUCUUGUCAACUCAGAACAGCCAGGUAGAGCCCUUGUCCAAACCUGGGCUGAAUUACAGUGAUGAGACAGGACUUGAUUUUCUUAUGCAGCAGUGUCCCCCAUGUCUGCAUGUCACCAAGAUGGCAGAGAGCCAGGGCAGAGAGAGCUGGACUUGGGAUCAGCAGCCCAGGCAGGUUUUGUCCUGGCCACAGGUCUUUGCUGUGGGACCUCAGACAAAACCCUGCACCUCUCUGAGCCUUGGCUGCCUCAGUGCAGCAGGGUCACCUGUAGGGCCACCCCACAGCUCUCUCCUCCCCCUCCUCUCUCAAAGGAGCUGGGGCUGUGACAGGAUCAUCUGAGCCAGGCUCUCCACUUUCAAGCAAGCAAGCAAAGGGAGGUAGGAACCUGAGUCCCGCUAAUGUUUGGACCAAGUGGGAAACAAGAACACCUGGAGGGGCGGGAAUCAGAAGAUCCUGGAAAAAAGACCUUCCCUUGUGGGAAACUGAGGGCCAGCUUGGGGAAGGCCAGGACCAUGCAGGGAGACAGAACAGACUUCCUCUGGCCACUGCUAAGUAGUUUGUUCCCCAAACCCCUUGCUGGGUGGUGGAACAGAAGAGAAACUAAGGCUCAGCAAGGUGGAGUCCCCAAGCAGUGACUGGUGGGGGCGGGGCCGGGACUCAGGCUCCUGACUCCUAAUCCAUGGUGUUCCCAGUCACGCUGGUCUAUCCACACCUCCUAUUCCUGGGGAGAGUUGAGGGUAAGAGCAGUGAGAGAGGGUUCUGGGCCCCAUGCCCUAGACACUCAGUCUUUAAGAACUGCCAAGGAAGCCCGAUCACCCAGCCCAGAGAUGGAGCCCAGUGGGCUCAAAGCAGGCACAGCCACCACCACCCCCUCCCCAAGAAGGGCAAAGAAGGGAGGUAGCUGGGGCCAGAGCCCACCUCCAGGAGCCACGGUGAGCUGGCUGCAGCCUCCACCUGUCAGGUAAGGUAGGAGAAGGUAUGUUACCUGGCACCUCCCUCCCUGUCUCCCUCCAUUUAGCAGGAGGUGGUAGAGUCAGAGGUCUUCAGCACAGGCAUCUUGGGGCUCUGCCCCCUGCCACCCCUCUCUUGGAAUGACGUGUGUCCACAUCUUCAGAUCCUGCCCUCCUUGUGGUUCUAGGCUGCUGGGAGGAGGUCAGCCUCCCCUGAACCAGCUGCCUGAUGCACACAGCAUCCUUCCUCAGCAAAGCCCACCUAGCCUAUGGUGGUCCCCUCUCCCCAUCCUGUUCCUUUUGUUGCCCUGUAAUGAGCUCCCCCAUACCUUUCCUCUCUCACCUGAGGCUUUGCUGGUCCUCAGAUUGGUUUUGUAUUUGUGAGACAACCACUUGGUUCCUGGGCUGCCAGGCAGAAGCACAAGCGCACACGGAUGCACACGGAUGUUCUCACACAUGCACGCCCGCUCUCACCAGUUCACAGCUCCCUUGAGGUCCGGCGAGCUGCCCGGGAGCUUGGUGAGGAUGGCUCCAAAGGACAUAAGCCGUUGAGUAGAUGCCAGAGAAUUCUGAAUGGAAAACACAAGUUCAGGGCCUCACCAGCAGUGUGGCAGAAGGCCUGGGGCAUUUCUCCAUGGGCCUUCUGCCCUGUGUUCCAGCCCUGACUUUUGGAAAAUGACAUUGUGGAUUUUAUGAAAAUUUUUCAUACCAUUAGACUAGCUUCAACCUAGAACAAUUUGAUGAUAUAUCAAACCCAACAUCCCUUUCCCAGGCACCUUAGUUAGGGUUAGCCCUUCCGUAACUGACAUUGUACGGUGCUUUGCAAUCCUCGACCACCCUGUAGGGCAAAGAGCAUGAUGCCUACUUUAUAGACAGGGAAAUUGGCAUUUGGGGCUCACAUGGCAAGAUGGAGGUGAAGUGAAUUCUCAGAUCUCCAGGCCCCAUUCUCUCUCCAUGGAGUUGUGCUCCUGUCAUGGGAGUGUAUGGUUUAAAGACACACCCCCAUUCCCUAGAAACACCCCAGACCCACAAUAAGGCAAGAAAGAACAGGGACCCAGAGGCUGGCCUGACCUAGGGGCCUGGAGGUUGGUGGCUUUGCUUCCUAUGAACAUAGAAACCUGCAGAGUCUUUGACCAAAUCCACACCAGUGCUUCUGAGGUUUCAUCCAGACUCUUUCCCAGCUGUCCCUGAGGCUCGGUGGGGAUCAGAGCCAGUUCAAGGCCACACCAUAAUUUCUGGACAUGGAUCCAGCCUAGACACAGGUCCAGCCCUGACCAGGCGUCCAGGUGCUAGGGUCAUGUUCCGCCUCCUCACUUCCCUUUCUUUGCCUUCCCACUUUGGAACAGGCUCCAGGCCUGGCUGUGACAGUAUGUGGGAGUACCCAAGCCAGGGCCAUCGGGUGUCCACAGCCCCUGGAAACACAGAUCACAAUCUCAAGUCCCCUGAAUGAACUGCUUCCUGGGUGAAUGUGGUGGGGUAAACUUGCCACUCAGGCAGGGCACCAGGCAGUAUGGUGCAGCGGUGCCCGAGAUGCCCAGAAGUGUGCCUGCCUCCCUGAGUGGCAUUCAAGUAUGAAAAUCUGUCAAAUGUUAUCUCGGCCUAAAGAAAAAUGUCCAUGGGUCUAAUUGGACCCACUGGCCACCAGCCUGUGAGCCCCAGUGCCUGUCAGGUCCCCCUUUCUUAUUUACCUCCUGUCCUUUGUUACAGAUUUGAAGGAGAUGGGAGCCCACAGAGGUGAGAGAUGUGCUUCAGGGUGUCCAGCAAGGCACGCCCAGAGCCUGCCGAUCUCCCAGGCCUCAUCCCAGGCUCUUGUAAACCUUGUGCUUCAAAGGUGGAGUUGGGUGGAAGGUCAGAGGCACUUGGGAUGGGAGACGGGGGAGCUGCUGGGUUUUCGGGGGGGGGACAGUGCUGCCUGGACACCUUUCACAUGUGCAGGGAAGAGCCUCAGAUGUGGCCACAGUGCACUGAGGGGUGAAAUCCCUUCACCAGAAGUCACACCCCAGAACGACUGCCCUGCCUUGGCAGCCAGUGGCUCCUGCCACCCCCUCCUCAAGAUAUUCAGCCAGAAUUGAGCUCCAAGCCAGGGAAGCAAAUCUUAAAAACAAACCAAGCACGCUGACACAGACCUAGAAAAAUGACGAGUCUGAGAUACAGCUUCCCGGGAGGGCGGAGAGCAGCUCCAGCCCCUGGCCAGGCCAGCCCAGGCAGGCGUGGGUGGAUCCCACAGGGCUCUGGGCUAGACCAGCUCCACAGUGCCCCACUAUGACGCCAGUCCUGCAGGCUUGGCCUUGUCACCCAUUGAGAGGCUGUGCUGAUGGUUCCCAGCCACACACCAGUCCUCCUGGGGAAUCUAUUUCUUUCGUUCUUUUGGCCUCGGAGAGGUCCAAGGCAAGUCCAUUUCUUAAAAGGUAAUAAAAUGCAUUAUUGGAAAUUUGGACAGUCAGGCCAUGACUCCUAGCCCACAGCGUGCCCCAUCUCCCGGCAGCCCCUUCAGCCCCUUGCCCCCUGUUGUCCCCUGUUGCCCCAACCUCAGGGUUCCCUCUUGCAUAUUCAUGAGGGAACCACAGUGCUGAUGUGCACUUCCCCACUGUCAGCUGGGCUGCACCUCAUGUGGCGCCAGGUCCUGAGGGGCCGCUGCAGAGGCCAGGCCGUGAGCCCCUUGAUGCCUGCUCCCCUGAUGAGGCAGCAGCUUCUCUGAAAUGAGCUGCCGGCGAGGAGCAGGCAGGCACCAGUCUGUCCUUCCUUUUCUGCUAAUUCCUCAGCACUGAGGCUCCAUUCUUGGGCACCCCAGAAUUGAAGGGGACCUCAGAAUCAUGCCCCUGCCAUUCUAGAGUUUCAAUCCAAGGAGUCCCCUUUAGCUUGUCUCCAAGACGGGUAAACGUAGCCACCAUUCAGCAAGUCCAGAAAUUCUUCUUCCCACAUCUUAGACCCCUGAGCAACCCAAGGAUAAAAUGCAGCUGCUUACCUGUUAAUAUCUACUGAGGGACAAUCAGGGAAGCCUCAAAGGAGUCGUCUCAGGUAGGGUACUUGGCCUGUGGCAGGACAGACAGAGGCAGGACCCCACUCGCCUGUCAGCUUCAGGUGGCUAAAGGGGGCCCAGGGUGGGGGUGACUUGACAGUCAUGUACCCCCUCCCCGAUCCCUGGCAGGAGGAGGCCAUGCCAGCCUCACCUGCUCUGACCCAGCCCCCAGCCCCCUGUGGCUAUGGCCACUGGUCACCCUUGUCCCCAAAAUCACCAUGCCUGUGGCCAUGUCCCUCAUCUUCUCCAAAAGCAUCAUUAAGAACAAGUGAUUUUGGAUGAUGGAUUUUUGAUUUACAAACGGUGCAUUUCCCUUGGAGUGGAACAGAAAGGAAACCAUUUAAUGGCGCCCUUCUUUUCAAGCAUGAAUACAUUUUAAUGAAACUAUUUUAUUGUAUUUGAGGAAAUGGAGAGUUGAACAUUCCAACCAAUCAAUAGCCAAUUAAUUGUUAUAAAGCUAAAAAGAAAAUAAAUAAAUCCUGAGUCUAUUUUAAACACUCUGCAAAAAGCUCAGGCCUCAGAAUCUGGCCUUCCCCUCCUAAUAUGCAUGAGCACGUACACACACACACUCUCACACUCACACACACACACUCACACACACACACACUCCCCUACACAUCAGACAUACUUGAAACUCAGAAACAGCACUGAGUCUCCCCAUGCCGAUUCUUGCCCGCUCUCCUUGACUUUGGUCAGAGAAGGUGAGCAGACCUGGCAGCAGCCUGUCCCAGGGCUUGGGAAGAGGCAGGCCCAUCCCCUGGCCCCAAGUCCCCAGCAUAGCAUAGGGUUUUGGGCAGUGAGGGCCUGGCAUUGCCUGGGCCUCACUUCUCAGCCCCAGCUCCUGGGCCUCCAGGGUUGGGCUGAGGGUGGAGUUUUGGCUCUGGGUUUGCCCUGACUCCUGCUGGAAGAUGCUGCCCUGGUUUUUCACCCUCUAGUGGCCUUGGACAUUGAGUAUUUUUAGAAAUGCAGAUUACAUUGCAAAUGGAACCCUUUGCCAGGAAGACACAUGGAUUUUGCUUUUGAUUCUUUGAGACAUUUGACUUUGUCUUAGGGACCGACCUUUCAGCAUCAAAGAAAUACAUAUCUACUGUAUCCGCCAAAGUUUGUGAUGCCUGCAUAGAUGCUUACUUGUAAAAAAAAAAAAAAAAAAAAAAAAAAAAAAGUACAAAAAAAACAACAACAAAAACCACAAUUGAAUUGCCUUUGAAAGUGGGAGAUGAUCUGUCUCCAACAGAUUGAAAAAAAAAAUGCUUCUUAAAAAA